GCUUUGGCUCCAUGCUUUCCAUCCCAGCUUUCCACACUCCGUGUCCGUUCGCCAUGAACGCCUCCCGUUGGACAGUCCUGGGCCGCCGCUGUUUGCCGCGCUGGACCCGCGGUGCUGCCCUAUGCCUUGGUGCUGCUGUGGCCGCGCCCCUGGUCCCUUGGCGCCGCAACACCACGGCCUGGUGUCAGGGCGAGCGGAGUCUCUUCCCGGAGAUCGAAGCGCGGAAGAGUGGGCGCCUGGAAACGAAGGAUGGAAGCUGUAGCUUGUAUUAUGAGGUGUCGGGCAACCCAAAGGGCAAGGUGGCCCUCUUUCUCCACGGUGGCCCUGGUGAUGGCUGCAGCCCAAAGCACCGGCGGCUGUUUGAUCCAGAGGCCUUUUGCAUCGUCAUCUUCGACCAGAGGGGUGCCGGCCAGUCGUCCCCUCCCGGCUUCAAUCAGCACAACAAGACUGAAAAUCUGGUCCAGGACAUCGAACAGCUCCGUGAAGACCUGGGCUUCGAGGCUUGGGAUUUGAUCGUAGGUGGCAGCUGGGGAUCUACCCUGGCGCUGGCCUAUGCCACGAAGUUUCCGGAGCUGGUCAAGGCGCUGGUGCUGUACUCCAUCUUCAUCCCUAGCCAGGAAUCGAUUGACUUUGUCUACAGCCCGCAAGGUGCAGGUCUUUUCUUCCCUGAAGCCUAUGAAUCGUUUGUGAAGGCCCUGCCUUCCGAUGAACGCAGCAAUCUCAUUGGCUCCUAUGCCAAACGCUUGGAUUCGCCGGACUUGGAGGUCCGUCGCAGCGCGAUGUCCAGCUACCUACGUUGGAUCCUGCGGCUGUUGAGCGUCUCCCCCGACGAAGCCAUCAUCGAGGAGAUUGCCCAGAAGCCGGACGAAGCGGGCUACGGGCCAUCCAUUGAGAUGAAUUACAUGGCGAAUGGUUGCUUCAUGGAUGCCCAGCAACUCUUGGCCGACUGCUUUCGAAUCGGGCACAUUCCUUGCACCAUUUUGCACGGGCGGAAUGAUUUAAUCUGUCCUCCGGCCAAUGCAUGGCUGUUGCGUCAGCGUUUGCCUUUGGCGCAGCUGAAGAUGGUGCCAUUGGCCGGGCAUUCUUCCUCCUUCGCGCCGGCGUUGAAAUCCGCGAUUCUGGAAGCGAUCGAUUCAUACCGAUAAAAA